ACUGAUCUCAUUACGCUGUGGUUGACCGAUCCUGCCCAAGGCUGGUCCCGCUGCCUCAUAUUGGAUUGGCUGGGAAGAAAAAAUUGGGAAGGGGCUUGGGGAGGGAAGUCUGUUUUAAGGCACCCCAUUCCUUCAGCGCGGCGGGACCUCAGCCGCUCAGGAGAGCUUGAAACGGUCUAAUUUGGAUGGUGUGAGUGCACAAAGAAAAAAGUCAUGCAAUCGCUUGAAGGAACGCUUUCGGAGCAGAAGGAGUGCAUUUACAGCUGCUAUCGAUCAGGCUUUUUUUUUCACUGUAAGAAAACACUUAUACAACUGCUGCCACAUGUGCUUGGAUUGAAACGGUGCGUUUUGCCUUUUUUUUUUUUUUUAAAUCGAUUCAAUAGAACUUAUAUAUUAAAAUUAAAUACUAAUAAUUAAAACAAAGUUUACAAGAAAUGACUUUGCAAAGAAUUCUGUUGAGAUUAGCUUGUGUGACGCUGCUCCAGCACUUUAGCCCGAUCUCCGCGCAGUUCGGGGACAGAGGGAUGUCGGUCCCGGAUCACGGUUUUUGCCAGCCAAUUUCCAUACCGUUGUGCACAGAUAUCGCUUACAAUCAGACCAUCAUGCCGAACCUGGUCGGACACACCAACCAAGAGGACGCCGGCUUGGAAGUGCACCAGUUUUACCCGCUCGUCAAAGUGCAGUGCUCGCCUGAGCUCAAGUUUUUUCUUUGCUCCAUGUACGCCCCGGUUUGCACGGUGCUGGAGCAGGCGAUCCCCCCGUGCAGGUCGAUCUGUGAGCGGGCCAAGCAAGGAUGCGAGGCCCUUAUGAACAAAUUCGGCUUUCAGUGGCCCGAAAGACUGCGAUGCGAGAAUUUCCCAGUUCACGGAGCGGAGCAGAUCUGCGUGGGGCAGAAUCAAUCUGAGGGCAGCGGGCCCAGUACCCCCCCGGCCAUGCCCAAUCGCAACCCCGCAGUAAUCACAGCCGGGUCACCGAUACACAAAUUCGCCACCCCGGAUCACCCUUUCCACUGCCCCGCUGUGUUACAGGUACCCCCCUACUUGAACUACAGGUUUAUGGGGGAGAAGGACUGCGCGGCGCCCUGUGAGCCAUCGAGAAGCAACGGCUACAUGUUUUUCAGCCAAGAAGAAAUCCACUUCGCCCGCAUUUGGAUUCUCAUCUGGUCCUCCCUAUGUUGUGCUUCCACUUUAUUCACCGUGACCACUUACCUGGUCGACAUGCAGAGGUUCCGAUACCCAGAAAGGCCAAUUAUCUUCCUCUCGGGCUGCUACACCAUGGUUUCUAUUGCCUACAUUGCCGGGUUUAUCCUGGAUGACAAGGUUGUGUGCAAUGAGAGCUUUUCAGCGAACAGCUUUAAAACAGUGGUUCAGGGCACAAAAAAGGAGGGCUGCACCAUCCUUUUCAUGAUGCUCUACUUCUUCAGCAUGGCCAGCUCCAUUUGGUGGGUCAUUCUUUCGCUCACCUGGUUCCUGGCCGCGGGGAUGAAAUGGGGACACGAAGCGAUUGAAUCCAACUCUCAGUACUUCCAUCUAGCGGCCUGGGCUGUACCAGCUGUCAAGACUAUCACCAUCCUCGCCCUGGGCCAGAUAGACGGAGACAUGCUGAGCGGCGUGUGCUUCGUGGGUCUCAACACCGUCGACCCGCUGCGGGGAUUCGUCCUGGCGCCGCUUUUCGUCUACUUGUUCAUCGGGACCUCGUUCCUGCUGGCUGGGUUUGUCUCCCUGUUCCGAAUCCGGACGAUCAUGAAGCACGACGGUACCAAGACCGAGAAGCUGGAAAGGCUAAUGGUGCGAAUCGGUGUGUUCAGCGUCCUGUACACAGUGCCGGCCACCAUCGUCAUCGCCUGUUACUUUUAUGAGCAGGCUUUCCGGGACCACUGGGAGAAAAGCUGGAUCAGCCAAAACUGCAAGAGCCUGGCCAUCCCGUGCCCGAGUCAGUACACCCCAAGGAUGAGCCCGGAUUUCACCGUGUAUAUGAUUAAAUAUCUGAUGACUCUGAUUGUGGGUAUCACCUCUGGGUUUUGGAUCUGGUCCGGGAAGACCUUGCAGUCGUGGCGCAAGUUUUACACCAGACUAACCAACAGCAAACAAAGCGAGACAAUGGUUUAAUGUGAAAAGGUACAGACCCCCUCAGCUCCCCCUGUUGAAUCCCCACUGCGCGUCUACUUGGACUGGCGAUAUACCACGGCGCUCUGUAGUGGUGCUGUAUGCCGCAAAGCAGAGACUGUAGAGUGGAAACGGAGGUCUCUGGUACAGAGAUAUUACAGCAAUGUUCCACACAUUUACCAGAGCUGUUUUAUUAAUACACUGUUAAAAAAAUAAGGAGCGGUUGUUUAAUGUGCCAUUUUGAAAAGCCUAGAACAGCACUGUGAAUUUUAAGGGGGUGACGUUCUUCACAGGGUGUUAUUAACUUCUUAAGGUUCAUUUAAAAAAUGAACUGUAAAUACAAUUAAAAAAAAAAAAAAAAAGUUAAUUAUAUAUUUGUAUUUAAAGAGGGUUUUAUUUUGGCUACGGUGACACAAGCCAGUGGAACUUGCACUGACAGCCAGAUCUGUACUCAUUUCCUCUGUAUGAAAUUAAGGAACUGUUUUAUAUUAAAGACAUCCCUGGAUACGUACUUUGUGUUUGACCCAACUAAAUAAACGCAUGCUGUAUAAGCCGA